AUUUAUUCCUUACCUUCCCCAAGCACAAAGAAAGUAGGGUUUAUAUCCAUCCAUUUCGCUCCCAAUCUGUAAAUCAUCUGAAGUCACUACUCAAUCACCAAAGACUAUACGACUUCGAUUAAUUUCGAAAAACAGCUGUAGAAUUGAUAAUCGCAUAAUGAUUCCGCGGAAGAUGAAGAGAGGAAGGAAUAGUGAGAGUAAAAAGGAAGAUAGGCUAAGUGAUUUACCCGAUUGCGUUCUUCUUCACAUAUUGGCAUUUCUGAACGCCAAAGACGCCGUUAGAACAUGCGUAUUAUCGAACAGAUGGAAGGACCUUUGGAAACUUCUCUCGACACUAACGUUACAUUCCUCAGACUUUUGGACUUUCAAGAGUUUCACCAAAUUCGUGUCCAGGCUUCUAACCCUUCGCGAUGGCUCAAUUGCACUGCUUAAUCUUGAUUUCGAGCGUCACGGUUGUAUUGAGCCUCAUCUUCUUAAAAGGAUUGUAAAAUAUGCUAUUUCACAUAAUGUCCAGCAAUUGGGAAUCUCUGUCAAGUGUGAUAUUGAUCACAUUCCGCCUUGCAUCUUUUCAUGCCAUACUUUAACAUCUCUCAAGCUUUCAGUUUGCCCUAGAGGUUAUAUUUAUGGAAGCACAUUGUUUCCCAAAUCUCUUAGUUUAGCAGCAUUGACAAGCUUGCAUCUGCAGCAUUUCACAUUUUGCGCAAGUGACAAUGACCGAGCUGAGCCCUUUUCGGCAUGUAACAAGUUGAGGGAUUUGAUCAUUGACCAUUGUACUGUUAGGGAUGCUAAAAUCCUCUGCAUAUCAAGUUCCACGCUUGUCAAUUUCACUAUGCAUUCUGAUCAUUCUAAGGACUUUUACAAAAUUGUGCUAUCUACACCAAAUCUUCGUACUUUUUCCUUUACUGGUAUUCCUUAUCAGCAACUCUCUGGGGGAAAUCUUUCUUCUCUUGAACAAGUGAAUAUUGAUGCUGAAAUCUGGUCAACUUCCAUGGAGUCUCCUUUGAUCUUGUUUAGCUGGCUGCUAGAGCUUGCUAAUAUAAAAUCAUUGACAGUCUCUGCAAGUACUCUUCAGGUUCUCUACUUAAUUCCUGAGUUAUUGAAGAUUAAACUCCCUGGCUUGGGUAACUUGAAGUCAUUGAAAGUCAAACUGAAAUCACUUUCACCUAUAUUUUCCAUGGCACUGAGAGCUGGCAAGUCGCGGAAAGCAGAAUUGGAACCAUCUCCACCUAUACCGUAUGGAAUAGUGGACUUCUUGCUUCAAAACUCGCCUUCAGCAGAAGUUGACUUCAUAGAUUGCCCUAGGUGAAGUGUGCAUUCAACUUUAUAAAGAGAGAUUAUUGUGAUUAGUUUGGUUUUUGCUUCCUUUAUGUUUCUGUCUCCCUUGGUCUCUCUGGGUGUAACUAAUUUUUAGUGGAUAGAAUAUGAGUCUCUUGGGUAGGGAAACACAUUGUAAAUGUAGAAACUAGAAUCUUUGUAUGCAUCGGAAUUGGUACCCCAUGGAAAAAAUAAAUAUAUUUGUUUGGUGCAUCUUGAAUCACAGCAAAUA